AAGCUACAAGGGGGAGCUGGGCUUUGAAUGGAGGUCUACCCAUGCUCCUAAAGUUGAGGCGUCCUCCAAGGAAAGGACAGCGCCUGUAAAAGCUCAAUGAAUGGGGCGGCAGUGUCACCACUAAGCCCGACCACGCUGCUGCUCUGAUAUCCAACUUCCAGCCUCCAGAACAGGGAGAAAUACAGUUCUGUUUUUGAUGAGCUCCCCAGGCCGUUACGGCUCUUUCUUUGCUGUAACAGCCUGAACUAGCCCAGAAGUGCUAUUCCAUCAUCUGUGUCAUAUUCCACCAUUCAGAAGGGAGUCACUAACCCCUCAGUGCUGUCUCUGUGGACGCUGCCCACCCUAGGCUGAGAUGAGGCACAGGGUCUGGGUCUAAAUAAAAUGGGAAGGCCCUGGAAGGUGCAAUGUCAUAGGGGGAGGAUGUCUGAACUUCAUUUCAUCUCAGCCUCUACUGGCGCAGCAUGAAAGACGAGGCCCAGAGCAAAAGUGUCUUUUCCCGAGAUCACACUGUGGACCCCAGGCCCACUGGAGUUGCAUUCCACGUUACCUCUCACCCCUUCUUGUAUUUGUUCCAUUUCUAAGUGUGUGCAAUAUCCACAGGGAACACCACACCAUGAGUUUUUAAAUAUUUAUCUCAAACAUACCUCAUGAGUUCCCUAGGAAAGAGAUGCUAGCAUAACCCCCAUUGUGCAUGCUGGGGAGACCCCAAAACACCAAAGGAGUUCUCUAGGGUCUCACAACUGCUAAGAUAAAGGCUGUUUGACCCAGCACUGUCUCCUCAAACCUGGGACCCUGGUUAUAUCCAGGUCUUCCCAAGGUGCUGAAGGGGCACACUUUUUCAUAAUGGUGAAUACGUAAGCAGGUGACGGGGGAGGGUGAGCGGUCAGAAGCCCAGAGGGGCCUUUGAGUAGGACUUAUGGAAAGGAGGAGCUUACAGGAUGGAACCUACAAGAUGUGACCUCACUUCCUUGCCGACAGACCCCCAACAGAACUUACAAUUCUGGUAACUAGGCACCCACAUUCUAGAGACAGCCCCAUUUCCAGCUCACUUCGUAGGCGACGCUCGAGAGAACAACAUGUUCUCCUGCUGUGUCCCGACGUGCUGCCGACCUCCUCGUCGCAGAAGAGGCCAAAAUGAGAGUCUUUCCCGAGAAUAUAGACCUUGGUUCAACCCUCGCCCUCGACGCCUCUGGCCCUUUGCCAGAAGGCACCCACAGAGCUCCGCACAACAGACCAAACAAGAGCUGUUGGAUGGAUUCAAUUUCUCCAUAUUCUUCAAAGAAGGGCACGUGCACCACACCACCAACCACGUCCAGUGCCGGUCUGCGGUGAGAUUGGGCACAGAAGGGUCUCCACAGACAGGACUUGUGAAAACCAAGUAUGAAAAUGAGAUCUGCAGGAUGCUAACUUUCCAGCCCGGCACUGGGGAGAAGCUGUUGGAGUCCCUGGUUCCAGCCUUUCUAACUAAACCCAUCUCCUCCUAUGCCACCUGCUUGGGCCCCUCCUGGGACUUUAUCACUGUGCCACACUUUUUGGAACUACUGGUUAGAAGCACCACCACCUCCAUUUUGUUCACCUGGCCAGCUGAAAACUCUUCAGGUUGCUAUCAGUCCCUGCAACAGUCAUCUUUCUGGAUAAAGCUGGCCUUCAAGAACUUUGCCUGGCCUGGACUGGGCUUGGAGGACCAUCAGGAAAUUGUCCUAGGCCAGUUGGUGCUUCCGGAGCCCAACGAGGCCAAGCCAGAUGAUCCUGCUCCACGUCCUGGGCAACACGCAUUAACAAUGCCGGCCCUGGAGCCAGCACCACCACUGCUGGCGGACCUGGGGCCUGCUCUGGAGCCAGAGUCACGUGCAGCCCUGGGUGCGCCCGGGUAUCUACAUUCAGCACCAGGGCCAGCACCAGCACCAGCACCAGGGGAAGGGCCCCCUCCAGGGACAGUGCUGGAGCCACAGUCAGCCCCAGAGUCCUCCUGUCCCUGUCGCGGGUCUGUAAAGAACCAACCCAGUGAGGAGCUGCCUGACAUGACGACCUUCCCUCCCAGGCUGCUGGCAGAGCAGCUGACCCUCAUGGAUGCGGAGCUGUUCAAGAAGGUGGUGCUCUACGAAUGCUUGGGCUGCAUCUGGGGCCAACGACAUCCGAAGGGGAAUGAGCACAUGGCACCCACAGUUCGUGCCACCAUCGCACACUUCAACAGGCUCACCAACUGCAUCACCACCUCCUGCCUCGGGGACCACAGCAUGAGGGCCCGGGACAGGGCCAGGGUGGUGGAGCACUGGAUCAAGGUGGCCAGGGAGUGCCUAAGCCUCAACAACUUCUCCUCGGUGCACGUCAUCGUCUCUGCUCUGCGCAGCAACCCAAUAGGUCAGCUACACAAGACGUGGGCAGGAGUGUCCAGCAAAAGCAUGAAAGAGCUAAAAGAACUCUGCAAAAAAGACACUGCAGUGAAGAGGGACCUGCUGAUCAAGGCGGGGAGCUUUAAGGUGGCCACCCAGGAGAGGAACCCCCAGAGAGCCCAGAUGAGGCUGCGGAGGCAGAAGAAGGGUGUGGUCCCCUUCCUGGGGGAUUUUCUGACUGAGUUACAGAGGCUGGAUUCGGCCAUCCCGGACGACCUGGAUGGCAACACCAACAAGAGGAGCAAGGAGGUCCGAGUUCUGCAGGAAAUGCAGCUGCUCCAAGUGGCUGCCAUGAAUUACAGGCUUCGGCCUCUUGAGAAAUUUGUCACCUAUUUCACAAGAAUGGAGCAGCUCAGUGACAAAGAGAGCUACAAGCUGUCCUGCCAGCUGGAGCCCGAAAACCCGUAGGCUGGCAACAUCCUGCAGUGGCUGGGAACCCACCGGGAUGCUGGCCAGAACACCGGCUCUGCACCAUCCCUCACCCAGACCGUAGACACCAGGGAACCACAUCUAGGAGGCUGGCAGCUCAGCUGCAUCUUGCCCUGGAUCCUCAUCACCAACUGCUCCUGCUGGCCAGGAUCAGGCCAUGGGACUUUUGCGAGUCACGCGGGAGACCAUUUUAUGUUUAUUUUCUUUAGUGGAUAAGUAAGGGUUUUUUCUUAACUUUCGUUAAAAUAAAAUUUUAAAAAACUAU